AUGGAUGCAAUCAGCUGGCUUCCUGACGAGGUUCUUGGGAACAUCUUGUCCUUACUUCCCACGAAGGAGGCUGCUUCAACAUGCAUCCUCUCCAAAAAGUGGAGAUAUGUGUAUCGACUGGUGGAUCACCUCGAGUUUGACGAUAGUCUCUCCCUGUACCCUGCUUCUGAUGAACAAGUGUUCCCGGAGAGCUUCGAAAGAUUCGUGGAUCGCACGCUAGCUUUGCAGUCUGACUCUCCCAUCAAGAAGUUGUCUCUAAACUGUCACAUCGGCGAGGGCAACGAACGCCUGCAGGCUUGCGUGGGCCGCUGGAUAUCCAACGUCGCAGGACGCGGCGUUUUGGAAGCGGAGAUAAGGAUCAAUCGCCGGGGUCUCCGCUCUCUGCCUCCUCAGCUCUUUUCAUGCACAACACUGGUCAAGCUCACAAUAGGGAGACAGAUCUAUAUCGCUAGGCCUCCUUCCUACGUGUCGCUUCCCUCUCUCAAGUUUCUCUUCCUCGACACGGCUCCCUUCCCGCUCCGGUAUCUGUCUGGCGUGUUGCUUCCUGGCUGCCCUGUGCUCGAGGAGCUAUCAGUCCAUCAGAAGGGCUAUGUGGUCACACCCCGCACCAUAUCAAGCCGCAUCGUCAAGAGACUAUCAGUUAACUACGACUGUUUUCACGAGGUUGAAGAUCACAUUUCCAUGUCAUUUGACCUGCCGAAACUUGUCUGCCUUGACUACUCUGACUUCGCCUUGGCUAAGUAUAAGCUAGUGAAUCUGGAAUCCCUCGUCGAAGCUAAGUUGGAUCUUCGUCCGAUAAAACGCCUUUACUUACCGAGGCCUGAUGUGACGGAUCUCAUUGUGGGGAUAAGACAUGUUGAGAUCCUUCAUCUCUCUCCCGUUUCUGCUCAGAUGAUUGACUCUUACUGUCGAGGUGGGCUCCCCUUGUUCGACAAUCUGCUUACUUUAUCUUUCGGGAGUAAGAAUGACCAAGGUUGGAAACUGCUGCCUAAACUGCUCAAGCAGUCUCCAAAGCUUCAAACUCUUAUCGUCCAGGAUCUAGACGGUUACACUAGCCAUGUCUCUAUGCCUCGGAACAAAGUCGAGUCGUUGCAUAUAUGUGGUUAUCGAGGAACUGCUCAAGAGUUGAAUCAGUUGAAGAGUUUUCUUGGGGAAUUCGAAUAUCUUGAAUUUGUUCAAGUGGAUGUUGCAGAAGCUACAGGCAUUACAAUGCAAGCCAGAACGGAUCUAAUGACCCUUGUGAAAGUACUGUCUCGAAUGUAUUGGUGUGAAGCUGUGAAGCCUGAACUUGGAGAGUUGCUGGAACAACAAACAGAGUGUUGGAACACGAAGGAUGUUCAGCUGAACAAGUUACACUUGGAACAUUUUAAUGACGUGUCUUGA